UGCGGGGUACGCCCCCAGCCGGGCCGGGAGGCGGAGAGGCGGUCACCGGCUCCGCCCCACUCCCCUCUGACCCGGUGUAUCGUCUCUCUCCCUUCCUGUUCCAAACCACGUGGACGCGCCUGGGGCUGCGGGGCUGCGGGAGGGAGCCCGGGCCGCCACUGCCGCUGUCGCCGUCGCCGCUGUCGCCGCGAUACCCGCGCCCGUCCGAAGUCGUCUCGCCCCGGCCGCCCGCGCCGUUGCAGAGGGCGUGCACAUGGCGACCCAGGCGCACUCCCUCAGCUACGCGGGCUGCAACUUCUUGCGCCAGCGUCUGGUCCUGUCUACUCUGAGCGGGCGCCCUGUCAAAAUCCGAAAGAUUCGGGCCAGAGACGACAACCCCGGCCUCCGAGAUUUUGAAGCCAGCUUCAUUAGGCUGUUGGACAAAAUAACUAAUGGUUCUCGAAUUGAAAUAAACCAAACAGGAACCACCUUAUAUUAUCAGCCUGGCCUCUUGUAUGGUGGGUCUGUGGAACAUGACUGCAGCAUCCUUCGCAGCAUUGGGUAUUAUCUGGAAAGUCUUCUCUGCCUGGCUCCAUUUAUGAAGCACCCACUGAGAAUAGUUCUGCGAGGAGUGACCAAUGACCAGGUGGACCCUUCGGUUGAUGUUCUUAAGGCAACAGCGCUCCCUCUGUUGAAACAGUUUGGGAUUGAUGGUGAAUCGUUUGAGCUAAAGAUUGUGCGACGGGGAAUGCUCCCUGGGGGAGGAGGCGAAGUGUUAUUCUCAUGUCCUGUAAGGAAGGUCCUGAAGCCCAUUCAGCUCACAGAUCCAGGAAAGAUCAGACGUAUCAGAGGAAUGGCGUAUUCGGUACGCGUAUCACCUCAGAUGGCAAACCGGAUUGUGGAUUCUGCAAGGAGCAUUCUCAACAAGUUUAUACCCGAUAUCUAUAUUUACACAGACCACAUGAAAGGAGUCAACGCUGGGAGAUCUCCAGGCUUUGGACUGUGGCUGGUGGCUGAGACCACGAACGGCACCUUCCUCAGCGCUGAACUGGUCUCCAACCACCAGGGCCAGGGGGCAGCCGUGCUUCCCGAGGACCUCGGCAGGAACUGUGCCAAGCUGCUGCUCGAAGAAAUCCAUAGGGGUGGAUGUGUGGACUCGACCAACCAAAGCCUGGCUCUGUUACUCAUGACCCUUGGACAGCAGGACGUUUCCAAAGUCCUUCUCGGACCGCUCUCUCCCUACACGUACUCUGACACUACUAGAUCUGGUUCAAGUAAAAAGGGGAAAUUUGUCAUAAGGAAGUAUUUUCAAGAUACCAAAUACAGGAAGUUUCUUUGGCCCUUAUAAUGAAGAGGAAGCUGAAAAGCUAAGAGGAUUCAUUCCUGAUUGACAGAAAGAAGGCUGAUGAUGAGUGAAAAAGGCCCUACACAGUUGGGUCACCUCUUACCACUGCCUCUUCCUUCACUGUCCUCCAGCCAGUGACCUCUUUCCCGGUCCUUUGAACUUGCCAAGCACCUUCCCUUCUCAGGGUCUUUGCCUUUGCUAGUGUUUCUGCAUGAAACUCUUCCCAGAUAGCCACAGGACUGGCUCAUUCUCAUCCUUCAGAUCUCUGCUCAAACGUUAAUUUCUCUGGGAGGUCUUUCCUGGCCACUAUAACUAAAAUAGCACACUGCCUCCUCACUUCCUGCUCCUUUACUUUUCCUAGGGGCAGUUAUACUCUGGCACAUUAUACUGAUACGUUAAAAGCAUUUUUGUCGCGUUAUCAGAAUACAAGCUCCAGUGGGGCAAAGAGUAUGUGGGUUGUGUUCACAUAGCAUCCUUGGGGUCCUACAGCCUGGCACACAGUAGGUGCUCCGUAAAUAUUUGUUGAAUGAAUGAAUGAGGCUCUCUGGGAUGGUGGAAGUUGUUUCUCCUCCUUUGCCAGGCCUUGCCGCCAUUCCACAGGCAUCUGGGCACCUCAUCCCACCCUCACC